AUGUUACGUUUCACCAGAGGGAUUUCUACUUCAAGAUGUCUCUUACAAGAAAUAUCAACAUCAACAUCUUCAGCAUCAACUCAACCACCAUCAGCAACAGAACCAAUAACGCCAUCUGAAUAUGUUACCAAGAGUAAAGAACAUUAUGAUUCUUAUGUCAGAUAUCUUAAAACUUCAAGAAGAUUAAGAUUGUUAAUGUACAGACCAAGACAUUCCCAAGAAUUAUUAUCAAGAGAUCUUAUAGAUCCACUCACAAAUAAAAGAGCUAGACCAUCCACUGCACCAGGUGCUCCAUCUUCAAACCAAAUUGCAGCUGUCAUCAGACAUACUGAAACUCAAGAAGAAUUAAACGAAAUUUCCCAUGAUUUAAUCUCUUUAUUGAGAAAGAACCCACUUUCAGUUACCCCAUAUGUUUUAAAUGAAUUAGCUAUUAAAAAUGCAGAAUUUGGUAACGUAGGAACUUGUUAUCAAUGGUUAUUCUCUCAUCCAAAAUUAGAAAAUGUACCAAAAGCUGAAAAUUUGAAUAUGUUUUUAACUUUCCUAUAUUUAAAUCCAUUCAAAGGUUAUACAAAUGUCACUGAUAGAAUUUCCAAAAUUACUAAACAAACAACAGAACGUGAUUUAAUAACAGAUUAUUUAACCACUGCAAUUAUGGUCAAACAUGGGAAAACACGUACUACAAGUGAAAUAUUCGGAAGACUUAACAAGGAAGAAAUUGAUUUACCAUUAGAUGUUUUCACUAAAUCAAUUGGUCAUCAAGCAAAUUUACACCACGAAGCUGAUCAAUUAUAUGUUACUUUAAAACCAAUUGCAACUGAAUUAAUUAAUCAUAAAAUUUUCAAAAACUUUAAUAAUUUUAAAAAAAUUGUUUCAUUUGUUGAAAAAUAUGAAAAUUUAACUGAAACUUUGAAUAAAACUAAUAGAUUUGAAGAAAUCAAAGCAAAAUCUAAAUUCUACAGUGCUAAGAAUGAAACAAAAGUUGAACCAACAGAAUCAACAGAAGCUGAAACAGAAGCUCCAAAAGAUGCAUAA